AUGAAAAAUUUUCGUAUUAACUCAAAUCGGGAAGGAUUAUAUGAAAUUGGUACCAAUAUGGGAACGUUUAUUACAGGUAAAGCCAUAAGUGAAGGCGGUCUUAUGCAUAGGGGUGAAGGAGUAGAUGUGUUAAAGUUUAAGCAUUCUAAUAGGCCGAUAAGCUCGCAGCCUGUACAUCUGCCUAACGUUGAGGAAGUUUGGAAUCUUGAGAGGAUAGGAAUAAACGACUCAAUUCGAGAAAGGGAUGACGACAGGGCACUACAACUUUUUGAGAACUCUAUAAAACUUGUGAAUAAUCGUUACGAG